UCAUACUGCUUUCUGCGCACGCGUGGCGUGGAUCUCUAUUUUCUUUUUUUUUUGAUUAAAAUGGAUUUUGAGAACUUUUAUCGCACAAGUCAGGUAAAUGGCACUAUUUACAUAACCACGCGUAAGGAGCUGGACAAGGAUCUUAAGUCCUCUCUGGAGGAGGGAGCGGGUGAGUUAUUUCUCACCGCUAUCCGCCAAAAUCCGCAUUGCACACCGGAAAAGAUUGUGGAGGUGGCCAGUGAGCUGGGUGAGAUUUACGCCCUGCGCUUCAAGAUCGAUUUUUCGGGGCAAAGUCGCGGCUAUGCCUACCUGCAAUACAUCAAUGAAGCCCUCAAGGAAGCGGCACUGGAAUACCUGCCCAGGAGAUUCAGCCAGUUGAACAUCCAAAUCAGGGUACUGACUUCGAACAAUAACCGCGAGUUGUUGCUAAAUCGGGUGCACAAGAGCUUCAGUCCAUGGCAAGUUUACCAGGAGAUGCGCAAGAUUUAUCCCUUUGCCAUCCUUCGGGUCUACGAGUUCCGAUACAAUGAGUUCAUCUACAUAUUUGGGUAUCGGAACAACGAUGCUGCUGCCAAUGCCCAUCAGAGCAUAAGGAACGCCAUCAGAAGGUUCGGUGGCCGUGCCCACAUCUCCUGGUUUAGUCGGAAGAAUUAUCUAAGUGGGGUAAAGGUAAACUCCUAUUGCUGUCGGAAAUUGGACAAGGAAAACAUCAAGCUGGUACCAGGCAUUGCAAAUAAUUGUUUCAAAUUUUAAAAGGAACCGAAGAUGUAGACGUUCUGUUGUGAUAUGGGUGAUCCUGCAUCAGAUUUCGAAAAUUUAUUUUCCCUUAUUUUAUCAAAUGAAAAAUAUCUUAACAAUCUUAACCACAAGCUUAUAAGACUUUUAGUUUUUUUUGUGUUUAACAAACCGAGAGUCUUUAGAAUUUUAAA